AUGGGAAAUUGUAUUUUUAAAUUUUAAGUUAACACCCAAGGUAAUUAGAUAAAAUAAAUUUAGCUUAGAAUAGUAUUUAAUAAGGUAAUGAAAUUAUUGAUUAAGCAAUCAAUGCAGAUGAUUAAGAAUAACAAACCUCUAUUUAAGCAAAAAUAAUUUUUAAAUAAACUAGUGGUGUCAAUUUGGAAAGCAUUGAUAGUUAAACACCAAAUGUUUUUAGUUCUUAAAGUUCAAAUAUUAAGACAAAAUAUCAAAAAGACUUAUCACUUUCCCCAGAUUUGUUUAUUAGAAAAUAAAAAGAAGGAGAAAAAUUUUUAUAGCAUUAUGAAAUAAUAAAGAAAUUAGGUUAAGGAGGAUUUGGAGAAGUUUAUUAAGUAAGACAUUUAAAAACCAAUUUGAUCAGAGCAGUAAAGAUUAUUUCUAGAUAAUCAGUUGAAAAUGAAACAUUAUUAUUACAAGAAACAGAAAUACUAAAAAAUUUAGAUCAUCCUAAUAUUGUAAAGAUUCUUGAAGUUUUCAACGAUAAUCAACAUUUCUAUUUAAUUACUGAAAGUUUAGAUGGAGGAGAAUUGAUAGAUAGAGUUAGGAAAAUUAAAAAUUAUUCAGAAGAAAUAGCAAAAAUUUAUAUGAAACAAAUUUUGUCCGCUAUGAUAUAUUGUCAUGAGAGAAAAAUAGUCCAUAGAGAUCUUAAAGUAUUAUUAUUUUGAUUAUUUACAAGCCAGAAAACAUUUUAUUUGAUACUUUAGAUAUCAAUUCCAAUUUAAAAGUUAUUGACUUUGGAGCAAGCGAAAAGAUGAUAUCUAGAAAACUGACUACAAAAAUUGGUACUCCUUAUUUUAUAGCUCCUGAAAUAUUAAGAUCUAAUGGAUAUAAUGAAAAAGUUGAUGUAUGGUCUUGUGGAGUGAUACUUUAUAUAUUAUUGAUUGGAAAGGCUCCAUUUAGAGGAAAAAAUUAAUAUGAAACUUUACAACUUGUGUAAUAAGCUUAAAUUGAUUUUAAUGGUACUAUCUGAAUUAAGUAUUAAAAAGCAAAGAUAUGGUAAAAAAUAAGUCCAGAUGCAAUAGAUUUGAUAA